GAAUACUGUGAAGCAGACGAUAUUUAUGGGCGCUCGACGGUGCCGCGAGGAGGACACUAUGCAGAGCGUUGCUACGAGAGGGCCGACUCACCUGGUCGCCCUGUACGUGGCGACCGCCGGCCUUCAGAACAACUCGCUUGGUUCCGAUGAGGAGGAAAUCACGUUGCUCGUUUACGUACUUCUCGAUGUACUCCAGAACAAGAUACAACGGAGAGGAAGAAGAAGAUGAAGAAAUAGAAGAAGAAGAAGAAGAAGAAGAAGAAGAAGAAGAAGAAGAAGAAGAAGAAGACGAAGAAGAAGAAGAAGACAACGAUCGUAAUUAAGAAAGAAAAUAAUAAUGAAAUAGCCGAAAGUGUUCGUUAAACUCGAAUUAUCGGAGAACAAUCUUUACGAGCUGCAAUUAGCGUCAUAGAGUUAGUUACUAACGAUGGAACGGUUAAUUACUCUUGAUAAUCGGUGUUGGGCAGACAACAAUAUAUAGUUCGUCCAAUGGUAAUGGACGAUGGUUGUACACCGGGAAGCGGUAGUGACAAUCCAGCAGUCGCCGGAAGUAGCGGAAUCAUUAGCGAGUCAGCGUUAGCACAUGCCCCAGCCUUGACUGAACGUACCCUUCGAGAACUCGGAAUUCCUUUAGAGCAAGCUAUAGAACAGUUCGAAGGAUGGUGGUCAUCGAUGUCUUGUGUGACCGGUGGAGGUGAUCCUCGAUUCGUUGUUGACGGACAAUCACCGAUGAGACAAUGUUUGCAUCCUGAAGCUUGCAACAAGGAUAUCGAACUGCCAACCCAUUACAAUGUCUUUCACGAUCUUCGUAAAGAAUUUGUUGGGUGUUACUCAUCCCACGGCGAAUUGGCAACACUUGGAAUACAAGAAAUGUUACAAUAUUUUGGACUACCGCCCGAUACAGACAAUGAUUUUCACGUGAAAGAAAUACAGGACAUGAUUAGCGUUAUACAGAGGAUGAUCAAGGAUGGUCAUGUGUUUCAAGCACCGGAGAUAGUUAACAUAGUUUUAGAACCAGGCAUAUGUUCCAAGGAUGAAGAAGUAGACAAUGACUGUGUAGUUAGAGCCCGAGGACUUCCUUGGCAAUCUUCCGACCAAGAUAUUGCCAAAUUUUUCCGUGGUCUGAAUGUUGCAAAGGGUGGCGUAGCACUUUGUUUAAGUCCUAUGGGUAGGCGCAACGGAGAAGCUUUAGUACGGUUUGUUAAUAAGGAACACAGAGAUAUGGCAUUGAAAAGGCAUAAACAUCACAUGGGACCACGAUACAUUGAGGUUUACAAAGCUUCUGGAGAAGAUUUUGUUGGGGUUGCUGGUGGUACUACUAGCGAAGCACAUGCUUUCCUCUCAAGAGGGGCUCAGGUUAUCGUUAGAAUGAGAGGAUUACCUUAUGACUGCGUUGCUAAACAAGUGAUCGACUUCUUUUUAUCUGGACAAAAACCUUGUCAUGUGUUGGAUGGUGAGGACGGUGUAUUAUUUGUCAAAAAACCAGACGGUAGAGCAACCGGAGAUGCAUUUGUCCUUUUCGCACAAGAGGAAGAUGCUGUGAAAGCAUUAAGUAAACACAGAGAUUGCAUUGGCAGUCGGUACAUUGAACUAUUUAGGAGUACAACAGCGGAAGUACAACAGGUUCUGAAUAGGGCGAUCGAUCCAAAGCCGUUCGUUCUCCCAGUACCACCUAUUCCACCAUUGCAAUUUUCUCAAUUACUUCCUCAACACAUAAUCACAUCGGGCACGCGUAAAGACUGUGUGAGGUUACGUGGGCUCCCCUAUGAGGCACUUGUCGAACACAUACUUGAAUUCAUGGGAGAGCACUCGAAAAACAUUGUCUACCAAGGCGUUCACAUGGUAUACAAUGCACAGAAAAAUCGUUUGUUCUUCCAGGGUCAACCAUCCGGAGAAGCAUUCAUACAGAUGGACAGCGAAAGUUCGGCGCACGCCUGUGCGACACAACGACAUCAUCGGUAUAUGAUCUUCGGAAAGAAACAACGUUACAUAGAAGUCUUCCAAUGUAGUGGCGAAGAUAUGAAUCUGGUAUUGACAGGUGCAGUAGCUCCGCCAUCAACGAAGGCUCUACUAUCUCCCGGUACGUUGAGCACUCAAUCACCCGCAUCUCUGACACAUUCGGGUCCGGCGACGCCGGUACCGAUGCCGGUACCGACGGCGCAGCCUCCCCUCUGGGACAUACAGGCGCUCGUACAGGCACAGGCGCAAGCACAGGCAGCGCAGGUUCAAGCUCAAGCUCAGGCGCAGGCGCAGGUGCAGGCCAUCAGGAAUCAGGACUUUUGGCUGAUGGCCUUGGCCUCUAACGCGUCCCCCACCUCGACGACUCCAGCCUCGCCUACCUCCUCGGCGACGAGAGGCACGAUAUUGCCGCCACCACCGUCGUUCGUAACAAGUGCAAUCUUCCCUCCAACGACCGCGAUGCUACCACGAGGACCACCCCAAUUCGCUGGGCCAUUUCCACCACCACCGAUAUUUUAUUGGCCCUAUCCUUCACCUCCCGUUAGUCCAACUAAUUAUUAUAACCCGGCGAGCGUCGGUGGCAUCGCGCCGAUACCUCAACAAGCAGCGCUGUUAACACCUGCCGAGUGUUUACAACUAGGACCAGGAACCGCGGCAGUAACGACGGGAACGUCACCAUCCGUGGAACCUCGUCUCGAUGCAACUCUGACACGCGUGGAGGCAGAAAAACGUAUUGCCUUGCCGGGGCAUCAUCAACCAGAAUGCAGUCCCUUCGUCGAAGUUUUUAUGGUCUGACAAUGAGCCGAAAUACUUUAACGAAUUUGUUUCUGUUCCCCUGUUCGUUCACAUUCGAAGUCAAUCGAAC